GGCAGACAUAUUGCUGACCGGAGCAACUUCUGGAAAGCUAGCAGUGGGGACGGAUUUGAAACUGUUUCACAUCUUUACAAUCCGAAACACUCAAAACACAUAGAACACAAUGGAGCCGUCAGCCAGUCCGGCCAAGGAUAACUACAGGAUGAACCGCUACAAGAACAAAGCACUGAAUCCAGAGGAGAUGAGGCGCAGAAGAGAAGAAGAGGGCAUCCAACUCAGGAAACAAAAACGAGAACAGCAGCUUUUUAAGAGGAGAAAUGUGGACAUUCUCAAUGAAGAGGAAGCCAUGCUUGAGAGUCCACUAGUGGAUUCUUACCUCAGCUCUCCAGUAACGGAAGGAGUUAUUACCAGAGACAUGGUUGAGAUGCUUUUCUCAGAAGACCCAGAACUUCAGCUAGCCACAACACAAAAGUUCAGGAAACUGCUUUCCAAAGAGCCCAACCCACCAAUUGAUGAAGUUAUAAAUACAGCCGGAGUAGUGGAGAGGUUUGUAGAGUUCCUGAAGAAGGGUGUCAACUGCACACUACAGUUUGAAGCAGCUUGGGCGCUGACCAAUAUAGCGUCAGGAACGUCCCUCCAGACAAAGACGGUUAUUGAGGCCGGAGCUGUACCCAUCUUUAUAGAACUACUAAACUCCGACUUUGAGGAUGUCCAAGAACAAGCUGUGUGGGCCUUGGGUAAUAUUGCAGGGGACAGUGCUGUAUGCAGGGACUAUGUGCUGAACUGUAACAUCCUCCCACCCUUAUUAACGCUUUUGACCAAAUCCACUAGAUUGACCAUGACUAGGAAUGCAGUGUGGGCUCUGUCUAACCUCUGUCGAGGAAAAAACCCUCCGCCUGCUUUUGAAAAGGUGUCUCCGUGUCUGCCAGUACUGUCCAGGCUGCUGUUUAGCAGUGACCCAGACUUACUUGCAGAUGCCUGCUGGGCUCUCUCCUACCUCUCAGACGGGCCAAAUGACAAAAUCCAGGCUGUCAUUGACUCUGGUGUUUGCAGGCGCCUUGUGGAACUGCUCAUGCACACUGAUUAUAAAGUAGCCUCCCCUGCCUUGAGAGCCGUUGGGAACAUUGUUACAGGAGAUGACAUUCAGACACAGGUGGUGUUGAACUGCUCAGCCCUGCCCUGCCUGCUGCACCUGCUCAGCAGUGCUAAAGAGUCCAUUCGCAAAGAAGCAUGCUGGACCAUCUCAAACAUCACAGCCGGAAACCGAGCACAAAUACAGACGGUAAUUGAUGCCAACAUCUUUCCAGUACUGAUCGAUAUUCUACAGAAAGCUGAGUUCAGAACCAGGAAAGAGGCGGCCUGGGCCAUCACCAACGCUACCUCCGGAGGAACUCCCGAGCAGAUCAGGUAUCUGGUGAAUCUGGGCUGUAUUAAACCCCUGUGCGAUCUGCUGACUGUAAUGGACUCCAAGAUUGUUCAAGUUGCUCUAAAUGGGCUGGAAAACAUCCUGAGGUUGGGCGAACAAGAAGCUAAGCAGGAGAACAACGGCACUGGCGUCAAUCCAUACUGCAGUCUCAUCGAAGAAGCAUACGGUCUGGAUAAGAUCGAGUUCCUCCAGAGCCACGACAACCAAGAGAUCUACCAGAAGGCCUUCGACCUGAUCGAGCACUACUUCGGGGUGGAGGACGAGGACAGCAGUCUGGCCCCUCAGGUGGACCAGGCCAACCAGCAGUUCCUCUUCCCCCAGCAGGAGGCUCCCAUGGAGGGCUUCCAGCUCUAAGUCAGUGGCCCUUCCCUCAGAAAGAAAAACACCACUCACCCCCUCUUCACCUCCCUAUUUUUUGAUGGGCUCCUAGAGGCCUAAGUCCUGCCCCCAUCUCCUUCACUGACCACCGCAAGCAAACGCGUGCAUACAUGCCCUUUGGAAGAAAACUGUCUCCCUCUUUAACUUAAACCCCCCCCUCCCUCCAUCAUUCUUCCCAGCCAGCGGAUUGAACCUCUCGCAGAGAAGGCUUCACAUUUGUUUUCCCUCCCUGGUCAGUGGGAGCAUGUUACACCAAUUGCAUUACUCUUCUGCAGGGGAACUGAUCAACUCAUAACCCAAAAUGUGAGUCAACCCUGACUUAAAAUGCGCACAAAGACAUGUUGCUGCCAUUUGAUAGCUCUUAGAUCCACUCAUUGGCAGUAGUGGGGGGUUUUGAAUUAUUGUAAUUUCACACAUUCGUUUCCAACGGGACAUUCCUGUUCUCUGGAUCACACAUGCUUCCCCUUGCAGAGCGCACAGACUGGAGCACAUGAGGUGACUUGUACCCAGCUCUUGAUGUCCCUCUGACUUUGUGCAAUUCAACAAAAACAACUAACUUUACCCCCUUCUUAGUUGAAUAAUCCUUUUUUUUUUAACCCCAUCUAUUAUUUAUCGGCUUAAAUUUUUUAUUUUUUUUUCCUCAAAUGGGAAGUUCUUGCAAUGAGGCACCCCAAUAGUUAGGAUUAGGGCUGACAUGAAUUUGUUGCCUAAGGAAAGUAUUUUUUUCUUUUCUUUUUUUUCUUCUUUUUGAGACAAAUCUAUCGGGAGCGGGGGGGACUGAUGGGAAGAAGUGUGUAAGACGGUAAUAAUACGUUACGAGGGAGAUAUUGGUGAAGGUAUUGGGUUUUCUUGGAUUUAUUAAAUCUUUAAUAUAUACAUAUAUAUAGAGAGAAAAAAAUGGAAAAAAAAAAACAGGUUUUGAGGGUGGAAUAGUUAGAGAUCCAAUGUUCGUCGUGUGCUGUGUUCUUAAUAACAAUACAUCUGAAAAAUGAAGUGAUCUAACUAUUAAAGCAUAGUUUGGGGUUUAGGGGGAGAGGAGCCAGCAGCAGCAGCAACAAACCAAACUUAUUUUUAUAUUUAACUGUAUUCAGUGGAUCACAGAUACUGGAAGUGAGGUGCAUUACCUUUUGAAGUAAUUGAAAUUUCAGAAAAGGCAAACAUUUAUCAUUUGUGAUUCACUGAAGCACAGUGUUAAAGGUUUGUGCUCGGGCGGCUCGGCCCCGUGUUCCCACUUCUCCCAAGUUGUACGCGUUAGGGUUUUUGCAUGGUGUUCUGUUACCCUGCCUAUAGUCACCACAUAUCCCUGGCCAAACACGAGCAGUUGGAAUGAAAAAGAUGGAAAACGCUGUGAAGAAACACUGUGAGAUUUUUCUUGAGCACAGCAUCAGUGUUUAAAAUAGGAAUCGGGCUGUAAAACAGUGACCUUCGAACAGUGACAGUCUAGUUAGCGUGGUGGUGUGUUUUUUUGUUUUGUUUUUUUUGCCGCCACCCCACUCCUUUAAUUUCUUUUUAUUUAUUAUUAUUUUUAGUAGCAGAGUUGACGAAUAACCUAUGGCAUUCUAUAUCUUUGGGAAAUGAAAAUAACAGCUGAAUUGUUUAGCCGGGGUCUGUUGUGACGUGUUGAUGUAAAUAGCCAGAUCUCUGCCUGACAUUAGAGUCUGCUGCUUGUGCAUCCCUGCGGGUCGGACGGCAGCCGGCGUUUGGCCGGGGAUAUCUGAGCUGAGUGACGAGCCUAACUACAGCAACAAUUCAAGUAUCAACGUGUAUUUGAAUUUUGAUGUAUUUGCAUUAUGUAUAUUUGCACACACUUCAUGCACACUUGCAGACAACACCAGCAGACACCGUACACACACCUUGCACAGAUCAGUGGCUAGUAACAAGCAAAUCAGUUUCCAUAAUCACAGAGUUGUAUUAAGAGGUUCUGAAAUAUUUUCUUCUCCUAAAAUAAAAAAAUGCUGCCCUUGGUGGUAUUGUUUAUUAAGAGAUUCUGUUUAAAUUGGGACAAUGAAAUGAGGAGUACCUUGAUGUCAAAAGCAACUUAUGGAAGCUUUAUUUUUGUUGUUUCUAGCCACAGGACUUAUGAUGGAUUAAACUAGCACAGUAAACCCCGACCAUGGAGUGACUCUGCAUCUGAGAGCGUCUCUGGUUGAGGCUUUGUCCAUGAAGCAGAACUGUGGUUGUGUGAUGUUUGACUAACAGGCACUGGGUGAAGGAGAGGUUGAUUGACUCUAUCUAGACUAUGUCCCGAUCAGCCUGGGGGCUCCUGUUCUGUGGAUCCCUGAAGCAGCUCUGCCAUACGAUUUCACAUACGUGAACUUAGAGAAAUGGGGGGAAAAAAGAGAUUUAGAGGAACCUAUACUGGACGUUUCUGUUCAAGUAUCCAUAAUUUCACAAGCCUUUAACUUCUAAUGUCGGUGAGUAUGCUGCAAGAGACCGCUAGUAUCCACAGAACAUGUGCUCCCAGCAGACAUGAGCUCAAAAUCGUACGUAAUUGAGCAACAACAAAGUACCUCUACAUGACAGAUGUGUAGAGCAGCAUUUAAAACUGAAGUCUCUUGAUUUCAUGGCCAAUUCUGUGCUUGGGCUAAAAAUGAUGCCAGAAUUGCAAUAUUAAAAAUAAUUGCAUCAACCAGGAAUUUUUUUUUUUUUUUUUUUUUCCUUACAAAUGAAAAUGCACUCCUGCUCACUAAAGUGCCAAUCCGACCAACAGAGACUGGAGGUUCUUGUGUGUUUGUCUUUGACUUAUAGAUUCUUUAUAUCUUUAUUUACUUGAAUGUGCACAUUUUUUGUGUGCAAAACAUUGCUGCUCUAUUUUCCUUAUCUUUAAAGUUACAUUAUUUGCCAGUGUUUCUUCGGAAACGUGGCUUUCUUUACUGGGGCACCUAAUUGACGAUGUCUAAUUGUCUUGGGGGAGAAAAGACUUGAUUCACUUCACAAAACUGGUGUUUCCAACUACUUUCAUUGAUGCGAUGGUCCUCGCUAUGAGUCGUCUUAUAGUUUUCCGUGUGCAUAGCUGAGCUGCAGAUGUUUUGAAUCAGACGUGGUAAAAAAAAAAACUUGCAAAAAAAAAAACAACUUGCAGCAACUCCCUCCUUGUACCAUUUAUCUAUUUAAAAAAAAAUGUCUGUGCUGAUGUGUCCAUUGCAGCACCUAAAUGGGUCACAUGAUGCACUUGACUAUUUUUUUAUUUUUGAGAAAGUAUCUAUCAUAGCGAAAGUUGCAGGUCCAACCCUAGUUUCAGUGAGGUUACCAAAGCUUUGGCAUCCCGAAAACUGCUUGACAUUUAAUAGUAGUGGGUUGAUUGAAAAGUCGCUUCAGGCCAUUUUGACUUUCUUCUUUUCAAUUGAAACUUCAGGUUACCGAUACCUAUCCUUUUUUUUUUUUCAGAGAAAUGGUUCCUGCAGUAAACAACACCCAAAUUCAAUCCCUUUAGGAUUAAAUAUCCACCUUCUUCAGCUGCUCUCACAAGUGGCACUCAUUCCACAGAGUGGAGCAAUCGGAGGCAACUGCUUGACAUUUUACAUUUCAGUUCAAAUCUGGGAUUCAGAAGUAGUGCAGUGAUUUACAUUAAAGUAUUAUAAUUUAAAAUAUAUGUAUGUUCUGAUACAUUGACAGGGAUUAAGAUGCAAUUCUAAUCACUUCUGAGAAGUGGAGAAAAAGCCUCAUUUGAAUUUGUCGCAGAAAAAAAAAUAGAAAAAUAAAAUGGUGAGGACACAAGCCUUUUUUUUUUUUUUUUUGCUUUUCUUAAUCUUUUUCAUGAUCAGGAUAUUCUGGGCUAUGUUUUUGGGUCGUUGUGUUAAGAGUACAAGUUUGUCCUAGUCAAGAACCUUGUUAUCAACGGGGAAGUGAACAGACAUCUCCAAAUAUCUCAAAUCUGACUUGUCUUCCGUCCUAGACACGGUUAGUGUCUCUAUCUAAAUCUAAAGCCAGGCUCGGCUUAGUCAAGUAAUGUCUAUGCUACAAAUGUUUACAGUGCUACAUGUUUGUAAAAUACUUUUCGUAUGCCAUCACUGACCAGUCCUAAUGUGUCUUUUGCUCUGGUCUUCUAAUUUCUUUAACUUGUAUUUAUUUUCUUUUUAUGAUUUUUCAUUUGCUCCUAGUUACCCACCUUAUACUGUGACUCGACUUGACUUUACCGACGGUAUGAAUGAGUGACGAGAAACUAAUACACUUAACUGAACAUGACACACAAACAUGAACAUGGAAAAAAAAAAUGCAUACUGCAACAAUAAAAUGUAAAGAAAUUAUAUCAAAAUUGAAGUUGUUCAGAGGAAAUACUGUACAAAGCAAAUAAAGUUAUGUUGCAACA